GUUUGUUGUAUUGUAUCUGUUCCGUGGAGAUAACGGUGUAGCGGGUCUCAUUCUUUUUUAUUUCGUGGAAUCCAACCUGCGAGAUUCGACAAAAUCUCGUGUCUUAGAUUUCCUUUCACAAAGAGUGAGGAAUUUUCAAAAGUAAGUUUUUUUUUUUGGGUGUCUUUUUCUUCAAUGCCAGAAAAUUAGCAGCAACAAGGGUCGUGUUCAUUUGUUAUUGUAAUAAACUCUGGGGGCAUUAGCUUCGAUUGUUUUGGCCAAAUGGGUUUCUUACAGUGAAGAAGCUACUUUCAGUGGGAUAUAGAUUGUGAUUUUUGUAUCUCACUGUGAAAUUUGUUUCUCUCAGGAAUUUUUACAUUUAGGUGGUGGUUGUCUCUGGCAUUGGUUGAUUUCUUCUUUUGAAGUUGGCAGAAACUUAUGAAUUUUAUUUUUCUUUUAUUGCUUUUUUCAAGUGUUGUUGGUUCUCCUUGCUCCCACUUGGGGAGUAGUUUCAUAUGGUUAGAGUAGUGAAUGGUGUGGGUUUGAUUUAAUGUAAAAUAUAAUUUAGAGUUUGGAGGAGGAUUUUAUAUGUUUGUUGAAUCAGGGAUUGUGGUUUUGUUUUACUGGGAAUGCUUUUCAGCUCUUCAUUCAUUAGUUUUUUAUUGCCUGAAGACUUGAAGGCUAUUUCUCUAAUUCAUGGAAAGUUCUUCUUCCCUUGGCUGUUUGGUGCUAAUAAUUGAAAGAAAGAGGGUAACUUGUACUGUGGAGUUUGGGUAGUGGCUGUGGGAGUGAGUCAAGGAGGGUGUUAUGGAUUUGUGGGUUGUUGCAGCUGCUGCUGGAGCUGGGUAUGUAGCUAAAUAUUGGAACAGAAUUUCAAAAGUUGGUGAUAGCUCGCAUCAUUUGUCUUCAGAGGAUUCAUAUUUUGAGAAUCCUGAGUCCCCAAGAUGUCCCUUUCCCUUUCUCAAAGAAGCAGGGAGAGGUAAAUCAGGUAAAGAUGUUUCUUUAGAUAAAAGGGCUUCAGAUGGGAAGUCUUCAGAUGUGAACUCAAUGGAUGGUCUUUUGUCAGGAGAAGUGGCUUCUAGUAGAGGGCUUGAUAGUGAAAAAACAAGACACUUCAGGAAUUAUAACAAGAAUGAUGUCCUAUCUAUAUCGAACUUAGGAGUAUCAGUAUCACCAAAUGAUAACUUGAAGAAUGUUGAAGAUGGAAUGGAGCAAAGCUCUGGUAUUGUUGGCAAUCAUGGUUUCUUUCUUCCUGAUUCUUCUAUCGCAGAGUUUCCUAUCCAUAACUCUUGUGGACAUAAAACCUUUCUCAGGAAGAAACAUUUGACUGGGCAUAUUAGUAGACCUUUAAAUUCCUUAGAAAGUUGCUUCAUGGCUCAGCUAUACAAAGAACAUGCCGAAAUGGAAGAAUGCGUCUUUAGUUUUCUUUCAUCACCAUCCACGUCCACAAGGUCAUUUCAUGUAAGCAAUGGAAGCCAAAUCAUCAACAGAGCAAAUGAGAGUUUGUUCGGUGCAUCAAUUGGAAGCAAGGAAUAUGAGUUGCAUAGAGAACCCUGUCAAGAAAAAGAUGAAAAUGUAUUUGGGGUUCCUUCCUUACCAAAUAUCAGAUCUUUUAAUGAUGCUAAGAAGAAGAAAUUUAAUGCAGUCAUUGGGCAAAGUCAAAGACUGAGCUUUUCCAAUGUUGUGUUCAGUGGAAAACACAUCCAUGCUCAAUACGAUACAGCAUUUAUCUUCAGUCUUGGGAUGUCUUUUGGGAUGAUAACUUCCAUUAUGGAAAAUAAAAGAGAAAUAGACAAGUUAAGAAAGUCGUUGAAGCAGACAGAAAACCUGGUUCAAGAUCUACAAGAGGAACUUGAAAUGAAAGAUUCAAUGACUGUGAAGGAGUUACACAAUGAAAAUUAUAGUUCCCAGGAUACAUGCGAUCAUUCCUUCUAUGAUAAGGAGCUAAAUGGAUUUUCCCCUGAAAAGCAUAUAGAUAACUCUCCAAGAAUUGACUGCAAAGAAUCCUACGAUCCGAAAGAAGAACAAAGUUCAGAAUCUAUGAGCAAAAUCGAAGCUGAGCUUGAAGCUGAACUUGAGAGAUUGGGGUUGGACAUGAAAGCAUCAAGCCUGGAAAGAAAAGUAUCUAAUCUUGUUGAGCUUGACCCAGAGUUUGUAGCAGAUUUUGCUAGAGGUGAGUUGCGAGCUGACACGGUCAGUGGAAAAGAUUUUGAUCAUCAAAAAUCAAAUGAGGAUGCCAGUGACACCACACCUCUCCCCGGACACUAUGCAGUUUCGCCUCAUGAACUGAGUCUGCGUCUACAUGAAGUUAAACAAUGCCAACUUGAGGAACGGGUGAAGGAGCUUGAGAUUGCCCUUGAAAAUAGCCAGAGGAAAGUACAGCUUCUGGAAUCAGAGCAUGAGGGUUAUUUCCCAAAGGCAUCUUCCUUUAGUAAAGGAAAUUCAUUGACUUAUGAAGACUGUGACCCUAUGGCUCAGCCCUUAAUUCUCAAUUUAUCAGGUGAAGCUCUAGAUGCAUACAAUGAGGCCUAUGAAGAAUUAAUAAAGAUAAAUGACUCUGAAGAAAAUUCACCAUCAGGCAUCCAUGAUACUGACCACAAAGAAGGUUCAGAUUUACAUGAUUUUCAUGCAUUUGGGGUUCAACACGGUGGAGCAAAUGGUUCCAUAACUUACUCCAUAGUUAAUGGUGGGAGACUAUCAAGUGAUCUCUCUUCUAACAAGGUGACAAUGUUGGAAGGACAAAGCUCUAGCAUCUGUGAACCAAAUGUUACUGAAGAAAGUAGUGGUUGUGAUAAUGAGGUGGAAAAGCAAUUGAUAAGGCAAAUUGUUGAAAGGACCAAGAAAGGUUCUCCUGUUUUUCAAAAUGCAAAAAUGAUAUUGUAUUCUAUGGAAGAAGAUGAACAUUGAUAUCAACUAGCUUUUAGGAAUGUAGGAAUAUAAAAGAGAGAUAUUUAUGAA